ACGACGCUCACCAUGGAAGUUUUCCCGUUUUCCGACACCGCGGGCGUUUCCAGAGGAUGUGUCAAAGCUCCCUAACCUCUUCUACAAUGAAAAUUUGUUGCGAGCACUCCAUAGUGACGUGUUUUUCAGCUUCUGUCGAAUUUGUUUGAUUAUCUCUGCUGUCAGACCGAGCAAGUAGCAUUCAAGGCACAGCACCGUGAAAGUGUUUUAAGAAUACACUGAAACCGCCGACUAGAAACUGGCGCUGGAUUAAAAGAGCGGGCACACGCAACAGAAGGCCCAUCGUGGCAUGUCUUGGCUGGCGAAGUGACUCGGCGGCGACGCAAAAACGAGGCGGACCGAUGGUUGCCUCAGUUGUUUCUUGUCACUGCAGCUAGUCGCUGGGCUAAGGUAACGCUAAAGUGUCAUGGAUCAGCAAGGAUGUUUCUCGAAUCUGGCGAAGCUCCGGCAAGAGCUGUAUGCUGACUCUGGUAAUGAAGCCAUUACUGUUGGACUCCACUACUCGGACGUCGUCAAGGUCCUUGUCGACGAUCGUCAGGACGAAGGCUGUCAAAUUGCACUGCUGGUAAUGCUCCAGGAUGCAGGAAGCUGCUGUCAGUCAAAAGAAACGGCCUACGAUGCCGUGGAGUCGCUGAAAAGUGCCUUUGGUGCCUUGAAAAGAACAACUAGGUACACUGUUCAGAGCCAAACUUUAAUCACCAUGACGACCAUUAUUCUGUCUCAUCAAUCUGCGGAUUAUGCUCAGUUAUAUGAACUGGUGGAACUUCUUGUUGAGAAUGUUGUUCAAGUGAAACGAAACCAUCCUUUGGUUCGAGCAGCUGGCUGCAGUUGUCUUAGAGAAAUCGAGAUAUUCCAUCCGGGUUUUCUAGCAAAGCACAUGGAGCAGCUUUGGGGAACAUUUGGGAAAGACUACAGUUGGGCAUGGCACUCUUUGGCACAGCUUCUGGCAGUGGGGACAACAGCUUCCAACACACCGACGGGAAUAGCCUCUGAUGAACCCGCAAGAAGUUUACAUGAAGUAUCCGCAUUAUUGGGAUGCAUACCUCUCAUGACUCCUGUGGCAGCAGCAGCAGUGAUGCAAUCGCUACUGGCAAACCUUGUGGAUGGCCUGCCACCAGCUUUGCUGAAAUUAUGCUGCUCACAGUUCUCUUCGUGCUACGAGCUGCCCUUGGUCCAGUUGAUGCUAACUAUGCAGGGGGAAGUGUGCAGGGAAUCAUGGUGGCAAGAGCAGCGAUUGGAGGUUAUCCAGUGGCUAGCUGAUGGCCUGCACUGCCCCAAGAGCCAGCAGGCCUUGAAAAUCUCAUGGCUGGGAUCAGCCUUGUCACAUACGGCUGGCCUGUCCAAGGCUUCUUGGCACCUGCUGCCCAUGCCACGAGAUGAAGUUACACAACAAGGUCUGCGGCUUCAAGCUGCAUUGGCAACUGGUUUUAAUGCCUGGGGAGGACCUGAACAAAUGCUCGAUGCUGUGAUACCUUAUUUGCGCAUUCUCAAACGACAUGUUUGCCUGGUACCUGGACACUUUGGUAUCCAUUUGCUAUUUCACGUGCUUUAUCGGCUGUAUGUGGAGCUGAGAAAUACGACUGUUGCAGCACCGUUGACUGAAGAAAUUACACGUCUAGUCAUCAACAUGACUAUGCUGGGACCAUUGUAUUGCCGCAGUCUGCUGAAUUUUCUGAAGUGCAUUGAGACUGGCUUCCCUGAAAGUUCCCUGAGCCAAGUAGUACUGAUGGAAGCUGUGGAUAUGGUGACUGGACAGAGCUGGGAGGACUGUGUCCAGGGCAGUGCCGUGGAAAGCUGCCUGCUUGUACUCACAGCAGCUGUGCAGAAGCCAGGCAAUUUGUGUCAGCCAAAGCAACUGUUCCACUUCAUUGAGAAGCUGGUCGCAAACCAAGGGCUCUCUGCUCACCGUGGAUGGUUGCUGGGAAAUAGGCUAAUUGAUCUCUGCUGCAGUGUUGUGCUGCACCAAAAAAACCAUGCAAUUGGCUCAGACCUGUGCACAAUCCUGUCAUAUUUAAUGGAUUCUUCAGAAGACGUUGAUGUGAAGAGUCGGGUCAAGCUGCUGUAUGCGUCACUUUCUGCUUUGUCAGAGUCAAAGGCGCAGCAGCUGCUCUACUGUUGUAAUCAUGACCCAGCCUUGGACUCAGAGAAAGACUGCAACAUUCUUUCCGAUUUUCCUGUGCCGAGCCCUGUGGCAUGCCCCACAGAUGAACUUCUGCGACUUGAGAGACUGCUCCCAGACGGCAGCCAUUUGCAGCCAUGUGACCAGGUGCCAUGCAUGGAGGCACAGGGAGGCCAUGGCUUGUGCCUAGAUGAGCUGCAGAAGUACAGGGCUUUCCUGGAGUCAGACUUUGAUCACGUGGUCAGCAUCCCUUGCAGGCUUGUUUUGGAGUCUUCUGAACCUCGUUUUGACUGUUUGAUGGGGCUGCAACUGAAUCUGGCCCCUCCUGAAGGUUGGGGUACUGCACAAGGUUUAGAGGCUUCGGUGUUCUGGAAAAGCGAUAGUGGAGUCACGACGUCAAUUGCGCUGUCACCACAAGCUUCAGUCCCUUGCAGCAUUGCUGUCAUGUAGGCAUUCCAAAUUACAACACAGCCAUAGGAUGGAGAAACAAUGAACUUUGUAAAAUAUUAGUGGCUAUGUAGGUGUCUAGAUCUAACCACUCUGACCUGAUGCAGUGGAGUCUCUGAUUUACUUUGUUAUAUCCCUGUUCAUUAUAUUGUGGUUUUAAUGUAUAGGAAAGAAAACUGUUGAGUUGUAGUAAAAUAAGGGGUUGAUGAACCUAGCCGGUGCUGUCGGUAUGCCUUGUUAGUAAAGGUUAAAGAUAUUGCAAUGGAUUGUUUGCGAGCCUCUUGUGAAGAAGCAGAGCAAUAAACUGAAGUCUUCUUCUUGGAAUCGGGGAAUACAAUUAGCUGCCAUUAUUUCAAGAGAAUGGCUGACUGUCAGAAUUUGAUAUUAAUGAACCGGGUUGCUUUGCAUUCUAUACUUUAAAGGGGUCCCUGGCUGUACAUGCAUAUUCCAGUUUUAGUUUAUUCAGAACAGCUGAGUAGUUUAACAUUACUUGGGAUACUUUUAAGCUUGUGCUAAAGCUUCCAGAAAAAGUGGAACAAUGCAAAUGUUAAUAAUGUACCUAUUCCAAGAGAGAUCAGCAAUCACUGUUGCACUUGAGUAUUUGUAGUCAUAGACUUUUUUAAUUGGUAAUGAAUUGGUGAUUGUGAUCAAAGCUCCUUUAUAGAAGCAAAACUGUUUUUUCAUCCAAUUUUUUUAUGCAGUCAAUGUCUGUAUUUCUAAGUUAACCUUAACCUUAACCCAACGAAGACAGUUUUUAUCUUAUUUCACUCUGAAAAAAUGAAAAUGACUAUUUAUUCAGAUGUCAUUUACAAUAACGAUCCUAUAAAACAAUCCAGUGAGGUAAAAUUUCUUGGUGUUAUUAUCGAUAACCAUUUAAAAUUCUGUCUUCAUGUGUGUUUGUAGUUCGUACGGCUUGCAUGUGCUGUUGAAAUGUCGAAACUAUUUCCCUCCCCACAUACUUAUCAAUCUUUACUACGCAUUUGUUCACUCUCACAUUAAUUACUGCUUAGCGAUCUGGGGUUGCACAUACAAAACUCAUGUGUUGCCAGUGUUUACACUUCAAAAAAGAGCUCUUUCCAUUAUAGCACCCCACAGUACGCAUAUUAAGAGGGAAGAUUUAUUUAAAGCCCUGAACAUCCUCAACAUUUAUGAUUUUACAACAUACAACAUCGCCUCCGUCAUGCAUCAAUAAUGAAAAACUAGCCUUGACAAGAGCCUCGCUCCACCCCUCGCUUCACAAUGUUGGGAACGCAUCUCGUCGUUUUUUAUUGCCUAAGGUAAAUACUAAUUGUGGUCGCUCUACACUACAGUUUACAGGCACCUCAGUUUGGAAUAGGCUUGAUGGUAACCUAACCACUCUAAGAGCAUCGCAUACAUUUCCUAAAGAUUUAAAGCACUCACUUAUUGACAAUGCAUAACACUGUGCAUGCUUGCACACGUCCUCACUUUUCUUUUCCUGUGUCGACAUUUUCGAUUAUCUAAAAAAGAAAAUUGUUAGAAAAAUUUAUCUCAUUUGUGAAAUUUUCCCUACUACUGUAUUUUCUUGUUUUACGUGAUCUUGCAGUAUAAAAAAGCAGCUGCCAUAGGAGUGAUUUUUUUCCUAAUAACAAUCGGCAGGGACCAUUCAACAAAUUUGUUGGGUCCCAAAAGUGUGUACUUUGCAAUUGUAUACGUUAUUUAUGUUAAAUAAACUUUAAGCUUGCAAACUUUCUAAGCAUGCCAUGAGUAGCAUUGGAGAGAUUGUGUCUCCUUGCCUUUCUACUUUUCUUGUGGUGAACCAAGGUAGCUGUGGAAUCUUUAUAGAUAUUUCCCCAGAUAUUUAUGUAUGCCUCCUGUACUCCUUAUAACGCAAUGCAUUUGCAACUACUG